GUGACUCAGAAAUUUGUAAUGAAUUUUCUGCAGGUCAAAAAUAGAUUAUUUCUUGAUUUAUACAGUCUUAAGUAACUGUUUAUCAUAAACAAUAGGAUAACCAAAUAUUGAAGUUUAUGUGUACGGAACGGGAGCUCGUUUGAUACUAGAUUAGCCAUACAGAUCAUCAAAAACCACAAAGAUGAGUCAGCAGCCGGAGCACAGUAUUGUGUCAUCCAGGGCCAGUGUGAUGAUUUACGAUGACGCCAACAAGAAGUGGGUGCCGAGCGGGGGAGUGCAGACACUUUCAAAAGUACAGAUCUACCACCAUUCCCAAAAUAACACAUUUAGAGUCGUGGGAAGGAGAUUGACAGAUCAUGAGGUUGUAAUAAACUGUGCCAUACUAAAAGGAUUAAAAUAUAAUAAGGCCACGCCCACAUUUCAUCAAUGGAGAGAUCAAAGACAGGUUUAUGGGCUUAACUUUGGCGGAACGGAAGAUGCUGAAAAUUUUGCAGAUACCAUGAUGACUGCGCUAGAAAGACUGAACACUAUAUACCAAGCCUCAAAGCAACAACAACAACAACAACAGCAACCACAACAAGCCCAACAGCCCCAACAACAAAUCUACAGUCGACCGCAGGUACAGUCGGAAAGUGGGCCAGCCCAGAGAGAUAGUAAUUACGGUCAAAGUAAUGUCUAUGUACAGAAUGCCAACGGUCCUGCUGCAGAGGUAGAUGAAAGGUUACAACGGGAAGAAGAAUAUAGUCGCCCUGCCCACAUGCAACAUGCCAGAACGCCAUCUGCUGGAAGACCAGCCCCUGCAAUAUAUGCUGAAGCUCAACAAACCCCCCGACAGGCAGAACCACAGCCAGCCCGGGCCACGUCUCAACCUCCAGUGGCCCCCCAACCUCCACCUGUUGCACCCACUCCUGCAGCGCAAGCGGCACCCCCACAGCCUCCACCUGCCCCUCCAGCACCACCUGCCGGUGGUCCCCCUAAACCUCCAGGCCCUCCCCCUGCCAUAAGUCCAACAGCUACUCCCCCUGCUCCCCCUGCCCCAGCUGGCGGUGGCCCCCCUCCCCCACCACCACCACCUCCUGCCCCAGCUCCUCCACCCCUGGGGGGAAGCGGUGGUCUAGCAGAUGCACUUGCAAAACAACAGUCACGGUUAAAGAAAACAAAUCUAGAUGAAAAUAGCCCAGACGAUUCCAGUAACAGUAUUAAUAAUUCCCUCGGUUCUGGCCGAGAUACGAUUGGUCGAUCAGCCAUGCGUGGGAGUAGUGGAAGUAGCGCAGGGGGCGGAGGUGGAUUUGAUCUUAUGAGUGAAAUGCAGAAAAAAUUAGCAGCACGAAAAGCCAAAUCAGAAGGAAAGGAUGAACCUGCUCCUGCGCCUGCCCCAGCUGCCACUAAUACCACAUCAAAACCCUGGGAGAGAGAAGGCAAGCCUCCUUCUGGGCCAAGCACCAAUAAUGGGACUUCUACACCCACUAAGAUCAACACCACCAAUGGCUCAGCUUCACCAGCAACUUCAAGGAAAAAUUCUUUAAGCCGAUUGGUCAAUCCAGACAUGCAGUUAGUGAACGGAGCUCUAGGGGCAUCACCUGGUGACCUUGAAACUAUGAAACAAGAAAUACUAACAGAAAUGAGACGGGAAGUGCAAAAGGCUAAAGAUGAAAUCAUAGAAGUCAUAAAAAUUGAGCUUGGUAGGCGUUAAUCAUAUGGAACAAGCGGAUCCUUGUAUCGGGAAAUACUAAUACUAAUUUUCUGUGUCGAGGAGUUAAAUGUAAUAUAUGCUUAGACAGUGCUGGUCACGUGGUAAGCCGUCAGCCAAUCAGAUUACAUGACAAAUCGACUAAGUCAAUAAAAAGUCACCAAUGUGAAUAGUUGCACAUGAAUGUCAUUGACUCUUAACAUUGUGAUUAACAGAGCAUGACAUGGGAUGACAUCACAUGAUGACAUCAUACAAGAUGACAUCAUAAUGGAGUUAUUACAUCAUAAUUAUUAAAAUUAUAGUGGUAUCUUAACAAAAAGUGAAAAUGCCAUGUUGGCAUAUUUUAACAACAUGAUUGCAGUGGGCACAUAUAGAUGGAGCUAAUGUUGUAUGGACCAACGUGAUCGUUAUCAAAGGAAAGUGCAGUUGUAGAAAACAAAUGAAGCGAGUGGAUAAUGCAAUUAUUUGUUAUUUAAAAUAAUGAAUAUUUAGGGUAAGAGGAGCUGGAAAAAUACGAGACAACAUGUGGGAUAUAUGACGUUCACUAAUUCCGAAUCACACUUGCAUACCAUAUAUGGCUCUUAUUUGAAUCUAAAUGACUGUUUUGACUUUCAUGCAAGAAAAACACCCUUCGUAAAAACUACAAUAUGUAAAGGUGAUGGAAUGUUUAAUUGGAACAUCUCUGUAAGCUGCCAAAUAACUAGAUAUAAACUAAACAUUAUUGUUUGGAAUUUGGAAUGAUUCCCUGUCAGUUUAAUAUCAUACAUAUGGAUAAGGAUAUUACUUCAGAUUUUCUACUAUGAUAUGAGUUUAUAAUGUAAAUGUCACAAACAUUUUACUAAAUAGGAUAAUAACACAAAGAAAUCCAUCAGAUUCAAUAUCAUCUUAUAAAAGUCAUAGAUAUCGCAACAAAUCGAAUGAAGUUUAUUUUUUAUAUGCUUAGUUGAAUUCAGUUUGGUAGCACCAUAGAGAUGAUAGUGAAUUCUGAGCAUUCUGAGAAUUCUCCUGCAUACAAGACAGUAAUAGGUUCUAGUGAAUAUAUGUGUAUGUGCCUUUUAUUCAAUGUUCAAUAUUAAAAGUACUUGUAUAUGUCAGUCAUCACAUUGAGAAAUAGUUUUAAGGUAGCUCUAGUGGAAAGUCGCUAGAUUAUUCAUUGCACUUUGCCCACCUUAAGGAAGGAAAUGUGAGGUUGGAGAUUAUUCAUUGCACUCCGCCCACCUUAAAGAAGGAAAUGUGAGGU